UUUCUCUGCUGUCCUGCAGUGUCCGUGUUUUUGUAGCUGAAAGUGUGAAAAACUGACUCCGUUGCAAUGGAUAGUCGGAUUUAGGAGAAUACCUCAGCUUGGAAAGCAUGAGUGGGAUUGUUAAAUUUCUUAAGUUAACCAAGGAUACGGAAUUAAACGUCUCUGCUUGGUAACUGCAUUUCUAUUUUCGGGUGGGAUGGAAGGACACUUCUGCGCAAGGGACUCAUUUAUGCAGUGGUUAGAUCUCUGGCUAGCAAAGCUAGCUAAUGUGCAAAUGCUAACUAUAAAAAGAAUCAGCUAGCUACAAGAAACGAUUUGCAUGAACGUCAGUGGAUAGGUUGACUCGUUUAGCAUAUACAAAUGCAUUCCGUCAGCUUAUUGUAAUUUGUGUAUUUUACUAAAUCGAAUCACUUAAAAUGGAUUAAUGGAUAGUUUACAAGCUAGCUAGCCAAUUUAGCUAGCUAUGGAUUGUUGUUGUGUUAGCUGACUUGCUAUGGUUAGCUGUCCAGUUAAAUCAACAUAACACUUGUCUUUGAAAAUGUGGUGACACGUAUUUAAUGGUAGUCAGUACUGUACCCCUAGUAUGGGAAAUAUAUCCCAGCAAGCUACUGUUAGCUAACGUUAACUAACUAGCUAGUUGAUGGGUUGAGAUGUAACUUGACUUCCCAAUUAAGAUGUAGCACGAGACAGCUGAAAGUUAAUUCUAGUUUGCUAGCUAGCUAGCUAGCUCAGCUCAUUCCUCACAGGAAAGAUUGUAUUUUAACAUUUAUUGCAUGAGGGGGUGCCCAACAAGUCAGGCAAUCAUGUCUAGUAAAGCCACGACUAAAGAGAAGAAAUCUGGUAGCUUCAGCAAGAAACUCUUCAGACGAGGCUCUGUGCGCUCCGUGGGUAGUUUUAUGGGCAGAGUCCUCAGGACCCUGUCAACCCUAUCCCAUUUUGGAUCAGAUGGGCAUGCUAUUGAAGGCGACAAAGACGACGGGGGUUUCACAUUAUUCAAAACUGGAGGCAAAGAUUCAUCAGCUUUGGAUGAUGGUGACCGUUUCCUCGGAGAGAAGGUCCCUGGAGUGUCUGGUCUCAAAAACCAUGGUAACACUUGUUUCAUGAAUGCCAUCCUCCAGUGCCUAAGUAACACUGAACUCUUUGCUGAGUAUUUGGCACUGGAACAAUACCGGGGAGUCGAGGAAACGGAUGAGGAGAAGGAGAAACCAAAGACAAACGGUGUGCAUUUGGGGAGGAAGGGCCCUCAUGACAGAGGCGAGGUGACAGAGCAGCUGUCUGGACUGGUCCGGGCCCUGUGGACAUUUGAAUACACCCCACAGCACAGCAGGGAGUUCAAAAAUGCUGUCUCAAAGAGUGCUUUGCAGUAUAAAGGCAAUGCUCAGCAUGAUGCCCAGGAGUUUCUGCUCUGGCUUCUGGACAGGGUACAUGAAGACCUCAACAACCAUCCCAACAACAGGCCUUCCAUUAAGCCACCAGUGGAAGAGGAUGAUGGGGGUCUAGAGGGGCCUUCUCUUCCACUCUCUACCGGUUCAUUUGUGCAAGAGCUUUUUCAGGCCCAGUACAGGUCGUCGCUCACCUGCCCACAUUGCCAAAAACAGAGCAACACCUUUGAUCCUUUCCUCUGCAUCUCCCUUCCCAUCCUCUUACCUCACACAAGGCCUCUGUAUGUGACAGUGGUCUACCAGGGGAAGUACUCUCACUGUAUGAGGAUCGGCGUGGCCGUGCCCCUGAACAGCACCGUGUCCAGACUCAGAGAUGCUGUGUCACGUGAGACCAAGAUCCCCCUGGACCAGUUUGUUUUGACGGAGAUGUACUACGACGGUUUCCAUCGCUCCUUCUGUGAUGACGACGACGAUCUCGAUAUCAUUCAGGAGAGCGAUUCCAUCUUUGCCUUUGAGACGCCUGAGAUGUUCAGACUAGAGAACAUUCGAACCAAGAGAGGGAGUCUCCUUGCCAACCUGAACCAGAACAACUUAAAGUUUGGGAAUGAGAUGAGCAGGACUCCAUCUUUCAUGCAAGGAGCCGUGAUUCCUUCCACUGCGUCGGCCAAUAAGAACACAGGGGCCGACAAGAUGGUCCUGCUGAUCUGUAACCGAGCCUGCACCGGUCACCAAGGGAGGAGGUUUGGUCUUCCAUUUGUUCUGUACAUGGAUCGCACUGUGACCUGGGAUAUCCUGCAGAAGGAGAUCCUGGAGAAGAUGCAUCACCUGCUCAGACCAGGAGUUUACAUUCAGGUGGGGCCCUUCAGCCUACGAGUGGUUGGUGUGGUUGGCAUCACGUACCUCCUGCCCCAAGAGGAGCAGCCUCUCUGUCACCCAACAGUGGAAAGAGCGUACAAGUCCUGUGGCCAGGGGGGACCGCCGCACGUCAAGAUAGUGGUGGAGUGGGACAAAGAGACCAAGGAUUAUCUGUUUGGCCUCACUUCGGAAGAGUACAUCCCUGAUGCUGAGAGUGUGUAUCUGCACAGAGAGCAACACCAUCAGCCCCAGGCCUGCACCCUCGCUCAGUGCCUCCAGCUCUACACCAAAGAGGAGCAGCUAGCCCCGGAUGAUGCCUGGCGCUGCCCACAUUGCAAGCAGCUGCAGCAAGGCCGCAUCAAGCUCAGCCUGUGGACCCUGCCUGAUGUGCUCAUACUGCACCUCAAGAGGUUCAGACAGGAAGCUGACAGGAGGGUGAAGAUGCAGAACAUGGUGCGGUUCCCUCUGCUUGGCAUGGACAUGGCUCCUCACAUGGUGAAGAGGUCCCAGAGCAGCUGGAGCCUGCCCUCUCACUGGUCACCAUGGAGACGACCCUACGGCCUGGGGCGUAACCCUGACGACUACCUGUACGACCUGUACGCCGUCUGCAAUCACCACGGAAACAUGCAUGGAGGCCACUACACAGCUUACUGUAAGAACUCUGUUGACGGCCAGUGGUACUGCUUUGACGACAGUGAGGUCCAGCCCGUCGCUGAUGAUGAUGUGUGUCAGCAGACGGCCUACAUCUUGUUCUACCAGAGGAGGAACACGAUCCCCUCCUGGUCCGCCAACAGCUCCGUAGCAGGCUCCACCAGCUCAUCUCUGUGUGACCACUGGGUGAACCGUCUCCAAGGCAGCAGGCCGGCCAGCCUGGCUUCCGGGGCCUCCUCCAGACGCACCUCUCUGGCCUCCCUGGGCGAGUCGGUGGAGUUCACCACAGGGGACCGCAGCGAAGAUGACGGUGGAUUUUCGACCCGUCCCUUUGUUCGGAGCAUCCAACGUCAGAGCUUGUCUUCCAGGUCAUCCAUCGCCAGUCCUCUGGCCUUCAGUGAGAACAGCAUGAAGCCCUCCUGGUCCCUUUCUGCCAAGCUCCAUAUGAGGUCCAACUCCCCCUCACGCUUCUCCCUGGACUCACGCUCCUCUCCCCCCUUGGAGAGGAUAGGAGAAAGGGGAGAGGCCUGUGAUGACAAGGUAUCCACGUCUUGCUUCGGUAGCUACAGCCGGCAUGAAAGCUACCCUGGUGGCAGGGCCCCCUUGGCCAUGAUGGAGGGGAACAGCACCGACCAGGACCAUGCCAGGAGGAUCCUAGACGAAGUCUACUGCAGGGCCCCGACGCCGGCCGAUAAGAAGAGCUCCAAGAGUGACCCGACUGACAACAACAACCAGAUAACAGCCCUGGACCAAAACGCACAAGCCCCCCUGUCGAAAGAGCAGAAACGCAAGAGCAGCACCGCCGGAUCUGCCCCAAAGUUAGAGAGCGCCAGGUCCAAAAAGAGUUCCAUCAAGUCUGAGCCAGAGAAAAACUCCAAGAAGCGCCAGUGUUCGUCCUCCACCCUCAAAUCCUCUACAUCCCAAAUGUCUUCCAGCCCUGUGGUAAAGGGCCCCAAGGCGACCACCUCUAAAGACAAGACCACCAGCAGCGGCAGUGCUACGCCCGCCAGGACCUCAUCCAAAAAGAAAGAGUCUUUGUCUUCCAAGGGUCCUGACUCGGCAGAUGGAACCCCCCAGCGCAAGCAACGCAUCUCCACACCGCUGUCCUCCGCUUCCCCCUCCCCCACCAUAAAGAAGAGUGCCUCUGGCCUUGAGAAGACCACCUCUGGUCGGAAGAAGCUGCUGGAGAGGAGCUGCAGUCGGGACUCGGGGUUGGUAAGCCCUCUGGUUGAUAGACCACGCUGGGGCAGCAACGCUGCAGCCGACCCCAUCAAGACUACUGUGGAAGGGGUCCGUCCAGAGAGGAGGUUUUUGCGGAGUUCCAUCAGCAGCUCCUCUGUCACCAGCCUGCGCUCCCCCAGUGUCUCCUGUAGGGACCCUAGGCACAGCAGCAAGUCAGAGGACAAGGGCCUGUCGUUCUUCAAGAACGCCCUGCGCCAGAGAGAGUCCCGUCGGUCGGCCGAUCUGGGUAAGACCAGCAUCCUGGCCAAAAAGGCAUCUGAGAGGACAGCCAGGCGGAGCGUUCAGGAGGGGGAUGGGUCAGGCAGUGCCUCAGAGCAUCAUGUGAACAAGGUUGUCAUUGAGGUAAAGGAGUCUUCCAAGCCCUCCACCCCAGUCAGACACUCUCUGUUGCCUGUUAUAGGUAAAUCCAAGUCUUCCACUUCUGAAUCCAGUCUUAAUUCUCCCCCCAAUGGGAAAAAGCCUCUUGAGAAGCAGGCAUCCUCCAGAAAUCUUUCUGCCAGCAUGCAGUCUGCACGCCCAACACAGAAGCCUCAAUGACAUCAUAUAUCGAUAGCAGUCUCGUUGUUUUAUGUAUGCAGCAUUUUUUUUUCCGUGUGCCUAAGAUAUAAAUAUAUAUAGAUUGAGAGAGUAUAUAAUAUAUAUAUAUAUACUUGUAUUUUUCUUUUCAUAAGCAAGAUGUAAUUGAUCAAAAGCGCCUUUCUAUCCUGUCAUGGAACCAAAUCAUUGCCUUCGGCAAAGUAUGGUAUUAGUCUACUACUGUACACAAAACUGAAUAGGAAUGUUUUAAGAUAGCACUUUGUAAAUAGAGUAUGGAAUAUUUUUCCCCAGAACAACGCUAUAUACAGUAACAUAGUUAAUAAAAAAAUCUAUUACUGUCAAUUUUUAUGUAUUACAUUUACUUGGUUUAAAAAGGUCACGUGAAACCAGAGUAACGGGUCUAGGACUUGACUUUUAUUAAGGCUGUAAGGGUACACUAGUCUGAAGAUAUUUUGUGGAGUAGUCUAAAAUGUUACUCCUUUUCUACACCUGGUGCUGUUCAGAGGGCAAUACUGGCACUGUUUGAAAUAUUUAAAAUGCUGAGGUUCUGAAAUAAACAUAAAAAAUAUCUAUGUCGGGUCAGCAACAGGCGUUCUGUGGUGCGAAACCAGCCAGGAAGUGAUUUUUUUGGGGGGGGUUGGGGGACUACCCAAAGUUUUUAGUAUAAACAAAUAUAUGUAUAUAUUUUGGGAAUUGUUUUUGGUCAACAAAUGUGUUUAGUUUAGGAACUCUGUUUCCAAGUAUUCUCUUGAAUAAAAAAAAAGAGACAUGAUCGUGUCUCAAUGUAAUCAAGGUAUGAAAUGAUAGUUCUCAAAUACAAUCUGUUUUUGGGCUUAGUUAUGGUCAGUUUGCAGUGUACAAAUUAUUCUGAAUAUGUUCCGGCCCCCGACCAUCCGUGGCUGAAUCUAGUUGCCUACCCCUGAUCUAUGUGUUCAGUUACCAGUCCUGGUAGCACCUCUCAACCUGUGGUACCUCAUGAGAGAUUAACGUUUCUGCCAUGUAUGGAAUAACAGCCAGAGGCUGCUGUAUAGUACUGAUAAAAUCCAACACCGCUCAUUUAAGUUGAACAUUUGUGCUUAUUUGCCUUUGUCCUGUCUUCAGAUGAAGUCAAUUCAAUCUAAAUAACACACACUGCACUGAAUGUUUUGCUAUUUGCUGUUACUUGAAGCGUACAUACGUAACUGUACAACUGUCAGGCCCUGCAUGGGGAUGUUCUCCUUAGUUGAAUGAUAGUUUGACGAGUCAUUUCAGUCAGAUCUGGUGCCACCCCCAUUUCUGCCAAGCUUUUCUAGCUGUAGCUUUGACCUGUUACUGAACUCUCCCUGUGUCUUGCUGUAACCCGUUUGGUCAUCUACCAAGCCCAAGCCUUUCAGUGCAAUAGUUCUCAAGACUGUUCAUCAGUCUUACCUUCUAUGUUAAAUAUAACUUUAAUUAUGAUUUUAAGAUACCAGGGUAAACAUUUUUGGUGGUCUGCUUGUAACAUAUUGAAAUCUUCAGAUACCAUUCUACUGAAAUGGCUUUUAACACAUUUUGUAAUAUUUCGCUUGCCGACAAUGUAAGAGACCCAGUUUCUCCAGGGUCUUGAGAUUUGUUAUCUCUAACCAACUGCACCAAGUUUAAUAUUAAACCCCACUGCAGACAUUUUGCUGCCAAAAGCUACAGUCUGUCUGAAAAUGAAACCCCCACUGUUACAUGUGAACUAUUUACAUAUGAAUGAUUGUGUAGGGGCUCAGCAACAGCCUGACAACCUGUCACUUGUUAUUGUUGCCCAUGGCUACACUGUCAUUAAGUGAGCUGCUGCUGCUGCAAACACUGGUGAAAUGGUGUGCUUUUGAUCCAAUAACAGCGCUAGCUCACUGAAUUACUUUGCCUUGACCUGAGGGGUAUACUACAAAACAGAAUCAAUGAAUUAGCCAGCUACCUUUGAUAACCAACCAGAAAUAACUUGAUUUUAUGGUUAGUUAGAGCAUACCCAUUUCAAAUGUAACUUUUUAUUUUGUAGAAAGAUUUCAGAAUAUUUAUGUUAGCUGGCUAACUCCAUGAUCCUGCUUUGUAUUUUACCCUUCUGAAGACUUGUGUUGACUUCCAGAUUUAAUAUCUUGGCCUAGACUAGUUUAUCAUGAUCUUGAGUCUCACUGAUGACCCGGGUUCCAAACCUGUUCGGGUACAAUUCUCCUGUUGCCAUGUUACGAGUACAUUUUACCACAUCUUUCACAAAAUGGACAUAAAACAUAUUCUCAACGUUUAGGUGAUGAAAAGCUUUAUUUUAUGGCCCAUCCUCAUCUUUGAAUAUAUUUUAUUUGUGAAAUCAGCUUUCACAGAGAAAUCAGCUGCCUGCAACAAUAUUAUCCUUUUCGGCUUUUAAGUAGAUGGUUGUGCCACUAUGAUGUCAAUCGAUGGAAACAACCAUUUCAACACUGUGGAAAGCAGUAUUGCAUGAUAACUCUAAUGCAUGCAUCUCCUUAACUAUGCAAUAGAUUGUUGCUAUGUGAACCAGAGAGUAAAUGUACAAUAUAUCCUAUCUUCCAAACGCCAGCAAUGGAGAGCAUGGUUAGUGUCUUCCAUUGCUUUAAUUGCACACGUAUGUUUUAGGCUUUUCAUAUUAUUAUUAUUAUUAUUUUUUAUUUUUUUUACAUGUGAGAAUGUUACCACAUUGCAAAACGGAUGUAACCCAAAAUCUUUAAGAUGCUGAACAUUUUGUAUUUGUCUUGUUUUCUAACUUAAGUUUACACUAAAUGGAUUUAGUCUUAAGAUUGUUUUAAGGGAUUGUCUCUACCUUUUUUUUACAUUCAUGUUCAUUAUGUCAAUAUAUGUUAAUUGUUUUCCACUAUGCUGGAGUACGUGUUCAAAGGGUGCUCUCUUUUUAAAGAGCAGGUUAUCAGUCUUCCUCUUGCCCUCUUGUUCACCAGCAAGGACUUUAUUAUUAACACUACAGAAACUACAGAUGGACUCCAUAUUUAGCCCAGUCAUCUCAUGUAUUGCCUGUGCACUCUGCUCUCAUUUCACUUUUCUAUGAACUGGUUGACUGUUAGAUUUAGGUAUGAAAGGCAUGUCAGUUAAUGGAUGAAUGUCAUUAUUAAGCAAUGGGAGUGUUGUCCAUUUUGUUUUUAAAGAACACUUUUGGUCUUGUUGUAGGUUUCUGCUUCAACCCCAGUUGUAACCUGAUUCAGCUUAUCAACCAGCUAGGUGUGCUAGAUGAGGGUUGGAGGGAAAACCUACAGGAUGGUAGCUCUCCAGGAACAGGGUUGGAGAGCCCUGGUCUUGGACAUCUGACAUAGUUAGUGGUAGCUAAUUAGAUCGUGUAAAGACCAUGUCAUUAAUCAGUCAUAUGGAAUUUGAUUCAUUCUUCUCUCCUUGAUUGACACACUGGACUGUAGAUACUGACUACCUAAUAGUACCAGGCAGCAGCCCACAUUUCUACAAUACUACAAUAACACUAUCUUAGUGGUUAUCUGUACAGUUGUAGUCUUCUGGAAGUUGUUCAAAAAGAGUCCGGGAAAAUAUUUGAUGAUGAAAUAAGUUUUGGAAAGUGCAUGAGACUGCGUCAAACCUUUUUAUGUUAAUUUAUUUGUAUGUUUUGUUUAUGACGUAUAUGCACUUUUAAUAUUCAUUUUUUUCUCUCUUUUUAAAAAAAAAAGAAUGCAUUUCUUUGAAAGAGAGACAUUAUGUUGGUUUACCAAAGCAAAAACAACAUGUAAAAUGUAAUAAUAAAAAAAAAUGUAAAGCA